CUGUCUAGAGAACUUUUUCAAAUAUUUCCCACGGUGAAAGACUGCUACUGGGAAUUCUCUCCACCUUAGUUUGUCUGAACAUAGUCUUCAUUUAGCCCUCAUGUUUGAAAGGCAUCUUCGCUUGGACACAGAAUUAGAGGCUAACAGUUCUAUUCCUCUAACACUGUAACAUGUCCUUGCACAGGGAUGCAGGCUGGAGCUUUCGGCAAGUGCCAAGGACAGCAGCACAGAGCCGACCUCUGGCAGCGCACGGCAGCCGCACAGCCUCCAGGGCCACCACUCCUGAGCCAAGGCUUCAUUUCAGGACCUGGAGCACUGGGGAAAGCCCCCUCCCAGGGGGCACAGGGACCCUGGACGGUUCAGGUGCCAAGCCAAGCGCCCCGUGGGCGGGUCCGGCGCCCUCUGUUAAAGCAGAGCCCGGCUCCGGGGCAGGCUACUGACGCCUACUGCUGAGCCGUCUCCCCUGCUGUCCGAGUGUCUUGCCGCCGUCAUGUCUCGGCUGCUGUCUACGCCGCGGGCCGCCUCGGGCGCCGGGGUCCGACCCGCCACCGUACUGGGCGCCAUGGGGAUGGGGACCAGCUUGGACGCGCCCGCCAGCGCCGCGGCCGUGCGCGCCUUCCUGGAGCGCGGUCACACCGAGAUAGACACGGCCUUCGUUUACAGCGACGGCCAGUCCGAGACCAUCCUGGGCGGCCUGGGGCUCGGGCUGGGCGGUGGCGACUGCAAAGUGAAAAUCGCCACCAAGGCCCAACAGUGGGUGAAAAUUCCCUGAAGCCCUGACUGUGUCCGGUUCCAGCUGGAGACGUCACUGAAGCGGCUGCAGUGUCCCCGGGUGGACCUCUUCUACCUGCACCUGCCGGACCAUAGCACCCCCGUGGAGGAGACGCUGCGUGCCUGCCACCAGCUGCACCAGGAGGGCAAGUUUGUGGAGCUGGGCCUCUCCAACUAUGCCGCCUGGGAGGUGGCUGAGAUCUGCACCCUCUGCAAGAGCAAUGGCUGGAUCAUGCCCACCGUGUACCAGGGUGUGUACAACGCCCUCACCCGACGGGUGGAGACGGAGCUCUUCCCCUGCCUGAGGCACUUUGGACUGAGGUUCUACGCCUACAACCCUCUGGCUGGGGGCCUGCUGACCGGCAAGUACAAGUACGAGGUCAAGGACGGGAAACAACCUGCGGGCCGCUUCUUUGGUCAUAAGUGGGCUGAGUUUUACAGGAAUCGCUACUGGAAAGAACCCCACUUCCAGGCCAUCGCCAUGAUGGAGAAGGCCCUGCAGGCUGCUUAUGGACCCAGCGCCCCCAGCAUGACCUCGGCCGUCCUCAGGUGGAUGUACCACCACUCCCAGCUCCAGGGUGCUCACGGGGACGCGGUCAUCCUGGGCAUGUCCAACCUGGAGCAGUUGGCACAGAACUUGGCAGCGGCUGAGGAGGGGCCCCUGGAGCCGGCCGUCGUGCAGGCCUUCGAUGAGGCCUGGAACCUGGUUGCUGAGGAAUCUCCCAAUUACUUCAUAUACUUCUGAGUUGAGGUGCCCCAGGGCACCCUCUGCCUGUCACCUCUUUCGUCCUCUCGCCCUGGCCAGUUCUGGCAUUAAGCAAUUUAGCCUCGUCUUUCCGCAUCAUCCCUGUUCACGAGCUGUCUACUGCCUAUAUUCUUGCAAUCCUCACAGUUGCCCUCCCAUGUGAAAAGGCAGGGGCUGCGAUCUACUUGUUUCCUGUGUGAAUAAAGCAGCCUCUCUACCUGGCCGCAGCCCCA